UACAUGUAUAUCACCAUACUCACAAAUCUUGAGAACAAAUACAUAUAUACAUAUAUAUUAAUUAGUAUAUAAAGCAGUCUUAGUUCAAUUCCGAGCUAAGUAUAAUAUACGUAUAUAUAUUGAGCAAUUAAAAAUGGAUGUCAACUCAAGAAGGCAAGUCUCUGAUGAAGUUUACUCAAAUGAUGGUCAAAGGAAGCCCAACAAAUACGGACUAGUUCAUUUUGAAGGCGGCGAGAGGAGGAACUUCACCCGGCUCUACCCUCACACAGACGGCUCAGAUAGGUACUUGGUGAGCAUAGAAAGGGUGGUUCGGGUUAUCCGAUCCGAACCACCCGAAAUUAACAAGCCGCCAGCUCCGGCCCUGAUCCUGGAGGACGCUGACGAUGAGAGCCUUGAGACGGUAAAAAAGUUCUACGACCAACUCAGUUGGGAACAAGACGAAUACCGCAGGCCGAAACCCGCCGCCAUUACGAAUGGCCCGCCAACGCAAGCCAACAACCCCCAGCUGCCGCCACAGCAGAAGCUGGCGGCAGCUAAACCUAUCACCCCCGCCGCGAGCAGUGAUCCUGCCGCAGGAAGACCGAGAAGGCCACUACUGAGCGAUGGAUGGCAGAAGAGAUAUCCGAAACCGACAGACGAGCCGAUCAUUACCCCGAAAGAGCAAGAUGCUGACCAUGUGGUGGCUAAGCUAAUGGAGGAGUUCAAUAAGAAUAGGAGCAGCGGGUUUAUUAGCUAUAGUAGAGAGAUGAUCCCUAACCCUAACCCUAACCCUAACCCUAACCCUCCUCCCCAAGAGAUGGUGAGGUACUACAAGCAAGGAGUGUCAACGGGUGAGUGGAAUAGUCAACGGAAGGCUCCAGUCAUAAUGGACAGCAAUGAGGCCCUGACUAAGUUCGCUGGUGCCUACAAGGAAUCCAACUAUAUACGAUAGUAUGAUGGAUUUAAACAUAUCUAACUUCUAAUUUAAAGUUUUACUCUAAAAUCCGCUAGGUUAGAGUGUUUGGCGUGAAAGUACGUAACUAGCUAGACGCCCAUACACGUUUGUGGCGUACGUGUAAGUAUUAUUACCUAGAUAAAUCCACCCUAAGGUUACUUAGGAAGUUAUGAUGAAUGUAUGAUGACAUUAUCAAAUAAUAAGUAACAAUAUAUGUG